AUGGUGGCGACGGUGGCAGUGCUCUGGGUGGGCAAGGUGCUGCGGGUGGUCAAGUUCCCUGACUUCGACAGACAUGUCCCACGGCGUACAUUUCCUCUACCUCUUCUGUAUUUUGGGAACCAGAUCACAGGACUGUUCAGCACAAAGAAACUGAACCUGCCCAUGUUCACCGUCCUGAGAAGGUUUUCCAUCCUGUUUACGAUGUUUGCCGAAGGAUUCUUACUCAAGAAGAAGUUUUCCUGGAGCAUUCAGAUGACAGUAUUUGCUAUGAUCAUCGGUGCGUUCGUAGCUGCCAGUGCUGACUUGGCAUUUGAUCUGGAAGGAUAUAUUUUUAUCCUUAUUAACGAUGCCUUAACAGCUGCAAAUGGUGCCUAUGUCAAACAGAAGCUGGAUUCAAAGGAGCUGGGAAAAUAUGGUCUGCUCUAUUACAAUGCACUGUUCAUGAUCCUCCCCACCCUGACCAUUGCCUACUUCACAGGAGAUGCUCAAAAGGCAAUGGAGUACCAGGGCUGGGCAGAUACGUUCUUCCUCGUGCAGUUUACGCUAUCCUGUGUGAUGGGGUUUAUUCUGAUGUAUUCCACAGUCCUUUGCACUCAGUAUAACUCUGCUCUCACAACUACAAUAGUUGGCUGCAUUAAGAAUAUUUUAAUAACCUAUAUUGGAAUGGUUUUUGGAGGAGAUUAUAUUUUUACAUGGAUGAACUUCAUUGGUCUAAAUAUCAGUAUUGCUGGAAGCCUGGUGUAUUCCUACAUCACUUUCACCGAGGAACAAAUGAGCAAGGAGGCUGAUGCUGGCAGCAAGCUGGAUAUUAAAGGAAAAAGCUCUGUGUGA